AUGGGUUUUACCAAACUCUUCCUCUUCUUCUUCUUCCUGGUCUCAAACCCAUUUCAAUCUUAUGCUGCUGAGAAUGUGAGUGUGACUCUCUACUACGAGACUCUGUGUCCUUAUUGUGCCGAUUUCAUAGUGAACCAUUUGGCCAAGAUCUUCCAGAAUGGGCUCAUCUCCAUCGUCAAUCUCAGAAUGGUCCCUUGGGGCAAUGCUUGGCUCAAUUCCGAUGGCUCCUUCGCCUGCCAGCAUGGAACAGAUGAAUGCUUGCUCAACACAAUUGAGGCAUGCACCAUCACCAUCUAUCCUAAUGUGAAUCGGCAUUUUACAUUCAUCCACUGCGUUGAGAGGCUCACGUUGCAGAACAAACACAGUAAAUGAGCCGAUUGCUUUGAAAUGUCGAAGUUGGGGACUGUACCUAUCGAUUGCUACAACAGUGGAUAUGGCAAUCAGAUUGAAACAAAAUAUGCAAAGGAAACUGCUCAGCUUAAUCCACCACAUAGAUUUGUGCCAUGGCUGGUUGUCGAUAAUAAACCACUUGCAGAGGUUAGUCAAAU